AUGGAAAAACAUCGCGCGGCCAUCUCCGCCCUGUCAACCGCCGCCCGCGGCUUCUACGCCGCCGGCAUCCCUUACCGCAUCCACCACGGCUCGACCAACAGCACGCGCCCACGGCCACACAACUCCCCCGUCCUCGACAUCUCCGCCCUGCGCAACGUCAUCUCCAUCGACCGCGACAAGCGUAUCGCCCUGGUCGAACCCAAUGUGCCCAUGGACCGCCUGGUAGAAGCCACCCUCCCCCAUGGCCUGGUCCCGCCCGUGGUAAUGGAAUUCCCCGGCAUCACCGCCGGAGGCGGGUUCGCGGGCACAGCCGGAGAAAGCAGCAGUUUCAGAGAAGGCUUUUUUGACGAGACGGUCUUGGGAGCCGAGAUGCUCCUCGCCGACGGCGAAGUCAUUCAAACUAGCCGCGACGACCCCAAAACGGGGGACCUCUUCCGCGGUGCGGCCGGCGCGGUCGGCACCCUCGGCGUAACCACCCUCCUGAAACUCCGCCUCAUGGAAGCAAAGAAGUUCGUCCACGUCAGAUAUCACCGCACGCACUCCAUCGAAGAAAGCGUCUCCCUCAUCCGGGAGCAAAUGCGUCAGCCGGAAAACGACUACAUAGACGGCAUUCAAUUUUCCCCUACCCACGGAGCAAUCAUCACCGGUACAUUAACGAACGAACCCCCCUCCCCUUGUUCUGCCCCUCUCCAAACCUUUUCUGCCCCCUCCGACCCCUGGUUCUACCUCCACGCCUUCCACCUCACCUCCAAACUAUCCUCCCCCUCCCUCCCAGUCAGCAACACCGUCCCCCUAGCCGAGUACCUCUUCCGCUACGACCGGGGCGGCUUCUGGGUUGGCCGAGCGGCCUUCCAAUACUUCCGCUUUGUGCCCUUCACCCGCUGGACGAGGCAAUUCCUAGAUGACUUCCUGCAUACCCGCAUGUUGUACCGAGCCCUCCACGCAUCAGGGGAAAGCGCACGUUUUAUUGUGCAGGAUGUCGCCAUGCCGUUUGAAACAACCCCACAAUUCGUGGAAUACACUGGUCGUGAGCUAGGAAUCUGGCCGCUAUGGCUUUGCCCCCUAAAACGGCCUACGCUGCCGACGUUCCAUCCGUUUACGACCGUCCCGAAGGGCGUGGAGGUGCAAGAGCCAGGACACAUGCUGAAUGUCGGAGUCUGGGGCUGGGGGCCGGCUGAACCGAGGGAGUUUGUGCGGGUGAACCGGGAGCUGGAAGCGAAGGUGCGGGAGCUGGGCGGGAUGAAGUGGUUGUAUGCGCACACGUAUUAUGAUGAAGACGAGUUCUGGAAGAUGUACGGGGGCCGAGAGUGGUACGAUGCCCUGCGGAAGAAGUACAAGGCCGCGAACCUGCCGAGCGUGUGGGAUAAGGUGCAUGUUGACCAAGAGGUAGCCGUGAAGAAGAAACAGCAGCAUUGGAUGACCAGGGUGUGGCCGCUGGGCGGCUUCUACGGCAUCCGGAAGAGCAUCGAGUCGAGAGAUUACCUGCUACAUCGGAACGCCCAGUGGAAGUGGACGGGCGAGUGA